AUGGCUGAACCGCGUUCUACCAGUAGCAAAGCUCUUAGUGGAGCGAAACGAAAUCGUACCAGCAUUGAGUUUGAUGUUCUUGAGUGUAUGCAGUCGAUGGAAUGCACCGAGAAUCAUAUGGUGUUAGGUAUUGAUGAGGCGGGCAGAGGUCCAAUAAUGGGUCCUAUGGUAUAUACUGGAGCUAUGAUUGCCCUUCACGAGCAUGACCGUCUUGUAGACUACUGUGGAGUGAAUGACAGUAAAGUGUUAGGUGAAAAUCAGCGAAAAGAUGUGCUGCAAAAAUUACGAGAACUCAAGACUUUUCGUGCUUUCACAGUUGUUGUUACACCCACUGAAAUUGCUGCUGCCAUGACAGGUGUUCAUGGGACUAAUCUUAAUACACUUAGUCACAACACAGCUAUUAGUAUUAUUUCUAAUGCUACAUUGGAAGCUUCAGGUAUGUUAGUUGCUGCAUACAUUGAUACAGUAGGACCUCCUGAGUCUUAUCAACAACGACUAUCAGGCCGUUUUCCACAUUUGCGUGUUACAGUGUCAAAAAAAGCAGAAUCAAAGUUUCCUAUUGUGGCAGCUGCUUCUGUUGUGGCGAAGAUUGAACGUGAUUCUCACAUUGAACGACUUGGUAUAGAUGUGGGGAGUGGAUAUCCAAGUGAUCCAAAAGUCAUGUCAUGGGUACGUUCACAUGUUCAUCGCUUUUUUCUUUUACCACGACAAUAUGACUUUGUUCGUCUUUCCUGGGGACCUGUCAUUCAGCUCGCCAAGAACUCUAACAUAUGCACUACUCUUGUAUUUGAAGAGGAUACAAAAACCAAAGCGGAUAAACGACGUACUGCUAGUGGUAGUAGUAGUAGUAGUAGCGAUGGUAAGAAACAGCGUCUUUUGAGUUUUGCUAAACCACCACCACGUCGACAUUCUGUGUUUACGCACCUUUUAAAACUUAAAAAUGUUUCUUCCAUUCAAGAUACUCGACAUCCUCCUUUUGAUAUUAAUAAUUGA